GUUUAUGGCAGAUUGUUGUCGGUGUCCUGUCGCACAUGAAUUGACGUCAGCGAGACGUUUCCCGUCAUGGCGGCGGAGGGCUGUGAGGAGAUGAGCGGCAACGGGGAGCUUGUAGAGUCUUCAGCCACAGAAACUUCUGAGGUUCCGGGGACGCCUCCACCUGAGAUGACAGAGGAAAACGGCAGUGCCGCUGUGGUCCCUGAGGCUCCUGUUGGCCCCGAUCCCGCUUCUUUCUCCAUGCAACCAGCCGCAGUAGAUGAAGGGGAACUACCUGCAGACUUUGAGCGGCUGUGGAAGGCUGCUUAUGACAAUCCUCAAGACUUCACCUCCUGGACUGAUCUGCUGCAGUACUGUGAGCAGGAGGGUCAUGUCACAGCUUCACGCAGAGCGCUAGAGGCCUUCCUCAUUCGCUAUCCUCUCUGCUACGGUUACUGGAAGAAAUUUGCUGAUCUGGAGCGUCGCACUGGGUACAACGACAAAGCAGAGGAGGUGUGUAUUCAGGGUCUUCAGGCAAUCCCUCUCAGUGUAGAUCUGUGGAUCCACUACAUAAAUUUGCUGCUAGGAACACUGGACAUGAAUCUACCUGAGUCACCCAAGCGGAUUCGCAGUGUGUUUGAGGAUGCUGUCGCGGCCGCUGGUUUGGACUUCCAUUCAGAUCGUCUUUGGGAUCUAUAUGUUGAGUGGGAGAAGGAGCAGGGGAACAUGAAGAACGCAACAGCCGUUCUGGACAGAGUCCUCAAAGUCCCCACACAGCUCUACAACACCCACUACGACAAGUUUAAAGAGCACCUGAACAACCAUGAGCCUAAAGAAGUGCUUUCACCAGAGGAGUACGAGGAGCUGAGGGAGCUGUGCCGUCAGAGUCAGAAGGCAGAGCGUGCUGAACAAGUCCAGGAAGAGGAGAAGGAGAGGCCACCGGGUGAGGAAGAGCCCGUCACACCUGAGGGUACAGACACAGAGGAGCUGAUGCAGAAGAUAAGGGAGCAGGUGUUACUUUGCAGGGACAAAGUGUACCAGGACAACGAGGGAGAAGUCCGUAAGAGAUGGCACUUUGAGGAUGCUAUCAAGCGGCCCUACUUCCACGUUAAGCCGCUCGACCGCCUCCAGCUCCGCACUUGGCACACUUACCUCGACUGGGAGAUCACUGAGCUGAACAAAGACACAAAUGACCUCAACCAAGAUCCAAAUCAAGCUGCCACAGAGGGAUCAGAGGUCACGGCCCCUCCACAGGAACCAUCAGGGGAUGCUGUGGUCGCUCAAGACGACUACAGAGUUCGCAUCCUCUUUGAGCGCUGCCUGAUCGCCUGUGCGCUGUAUGAAGAGUUCUGGACCAGGUAUAUCCAGUACCUGGAGCCGCAGAGUGUGGAUGAGGCCCGGGCGGUUUAUAAACGAGCCUGUGAGAUCCACCUGGCUUACAAGCCCAACAUCCACAUGCACUGGGCGACCUUCGAGGAGAGGCAUGGUGACUUAUCUGAAGCUCGGCGAGUGUUGGAGGUCCUGGAGAAAAAACUGCCAGGUUUGGCAGUUGUCCGUAUCCGCAGGGCUGCUUUGGAGAGGCGAGCAGGCCAGCUGGAUCAGUCGGAGGCCUUGCUGAGGGAGGCGGUGGCUGAAUCCAAAGAGAAGCCCACGUUACACGCUUUCUAUUCCAUCAAGCUGGCUCGACUGCUGCUGAAACUGGGAAGGGACCCCAGCAGUGCCCGUAGAGUUUUACAGGAGGCGUUGGAAAUUAGUCCGGAUAAUGAUAAACUACACAUGAACCUGUUGGAGUUGGAGGUGUCGGGUGACCCAUGGGCCUCAGCUGAGGCAGUGCAGGAGUGUGUGACACGAGCCCUGGCAGCUCCUCUUGAACCACACACCAAGAUCCUCUUCUCACAGAGGGGCCUGCAGUUUGCAGAGGACUACAGCAACUCUAUCCAGAGUGUGCUGUCUGUCUACGAGGAGCACCAAAAGCUGCUGAAGGAGCUCGGUGGAACAAAGAGAGAAGCAGAGAAUGGGGAUGAAGAUCCAGAGAAACUGACCAAAACUGAUGACGGUUCUGUGUCUGCACAAGUCCCACCUACCAUGCCGCAUGUCCCAAUCACCACGCCGCCGCCUCCUAUGAUGGGCACCGAUAUGAGUGCGCAGGCUGGCUACGGAGGAUACAGCAACUGGUACCAGCAACCGCAGUACGGCAGCUACGGCUACCAGAACACCUGGAACUACAACCAGGGCUACUAUCCACCGAGCUAAAGAGCGUGACAGCAAAAGACCGCAUCAAGCCACUGAACAAUAAAACUGAACCGAACAGUCCCCUAGACUGGAGACAGGUGAUCCUGCUAAAAUUUAUUCCAGCAUCCUUCUUCCCUCUCCGUCCUUCUUGUCACCUCGCUGUCGUGGAUUUGUGAAAACGAGAAGUUGGGGUCAUUUAAAAGAUCAUCUUUUCUGUCCCCCCUCCCCCGAGGAGCAGGUGGAAAGAUGAAAGGAAACAUGAUGCUCAUCUUCAGUGGCGUGUCUUUGAAUUUUAAUCUGAACUAUUUUUGUAUUUGUUUGCAAGUCGACUGCUUUGCUCAUAUUUUAAAGUCAUCCAAGUUGUCCAACUUCACAGGUGAUGUAUGAUUGACAUUUUGUACCAUUCGACAGAGUAGGCUACCUUUUUUUUUUUCUAAUGUAUAUAAAGCUGUUUUAUAGUGUGUCACAACACAUCA